AUGGAUGCCCCCAGGAAUCGAAAGCAGCGCCGUGCUGCCGCCACCAACUCUCCAUCCGCCUCAAAUACCUCAGUGCCCGAUAUCCCUCUUGCCCACCCACCACGCGGCGCCCCGGCCCCGAAAGCCGGUGAGCGAACACUAUAUGACAUCAUUGCAGAGCGCCAGAACGAGCUCGUUCAACAGGCAGACGUUGCGAAUAAGGCACGAAAGAAAUCUGAAUUGGAUACUGGUCAAGGGGUGCCUUCACAGGCGACGGGCACGCGGUUCGUGACCGUCGACGCGUCCGGGCAGCUCGUGGAGACGGACGGCAAUAUUGAUAAUAAUGAGCUGGUGAAUCCGAGUUCACGGCCUGAAGCUGGCGGAAAUCGCAAGAAGUUCCCGAAAAGCGACAGAAACAGCGAGGAAAGCGAACCCGAUAAUCCUCUCGUGGCUUUAUUCGACACCAUCCUUCUUUCCGUACCUCUCACGGCCCUCAACGGCACCCUGUCCUACCUGGCAGCUUACCAAUACGCCGAAUCGACAGAUCCCGUUCGCAUCGUAAAGGACUCGAUCAUGUUCACCUUCCCGCUCCUCACCUUCCUCGUCCACCUUGUCCACGGUCACAUCUUUUCAUUCCGACUACAAAGGGCAUCGGGUCUUCUUGCCGCGAGUGCGCAGCCCGUCAUACUCUUCCCGCUCACUCGAGACAAAUUCACUUUUUCCUUUCUGCGUCGACUCGUUUUUCCGCCUUCUAUUCGGACUAUCAUAUUUCUUCCAGCGUCUAUCAUGCUCGGGGUUCAUCUGAUAACCAUCACGAACGGUGAGCCCUACUAUGCUGUGAUGAAGAAAGCGCCCGGGUUUGGGACAGUGUGGAUCUGGUUCAUUUUGGAAUUAUCGUUUGGCCCUGCUGCGAUUGGAGCUCUCGGUCCUCUGAUCUGGGCGGUCUGGUGGAAGGGAUAUGGCAUUGUUUGA